CCAAACAGUCUCGCCGAAGAAAACAUUUCCGAGGAAAUGUCGAAAAUGUUAGGGGAAGAUCAAGAUGCAAAAAAAUUGAUCGAAGUAAAGUUCCAUUCCGAAUUACAACUUAGAUGGCAGAAAUGGAUGAGAGAUGGAUUGCCCGAAGGGAAUAAAAAAGCAAUCCUGGAGAUGUACCCGAGAAAAGGGGACCUUUUCUCGGAAGCCCCAAAAAUAAAUUUGGAAAUAUUACCUGCCUUAACGGAAAUAGCGACUAAGAGAGAUCAACAUUUUGCCGAAACGCAAAAUUGUGUAGGAUCGGCCAUUGCAGCAUUAGCAGCGGCAGUGUCCAUGCUGCUAGAAGGACCUGAAGAAGGCAUAGAUCAGGAGAAAUUUACAAAGUAUCUAUGUGAUGUGGGACAACUGUUAACCGAGGUUUAUCACCAACAAUCGUUAUCAAGAAAGGCUUUCAUUACACCUCUGAUGAAUAAAGCAGUAAAACCAACAUUGGAAGCAGCAAAAUCAGAUCAAUGGUUAUACGGCGAAAAGUUUGGAGAGCAAGUAAAAGAAGCGAAAUCGCUAGAAAAAGCCUGCGCUAAUAUUAAAGCUCCGGAAAAAACUUCAAAUUUGCGACAAUCUCUAAGACCUUGGAAUCAGGGAAACGCGAGAUUCCCACUUGUCAAAUAUCGACAGGUGGGUUAUCAACGAUACCAGCAGAGGCCGUAUCAACGGAGGAAUACGAUUCGUUUCAAACCGAAGGAUCAGAAAGCGACGCACUCAUCAAAGAAAUCCAGCAGUCAGACGACGACGAGCCGGUCAUCGUCGAAGAAAUAAGGGCAAAGGACGCAUCCAUUGGCAACGAAACUGUCAUUAAUGGCAGGGCAGUUAUCAGGAAAGCUUUUCUGCAAAAAGGAGUCACAGAAGACUCAGUGGACAUCAUGGUAAACUCUAUAACACCUUCAACCCUCAAGCAAUACGAAAGCGCCUUAAAACUAUGGAUGAAAUUUGCAGUAGAACACCAAUUCGAUGCGUUUAACUCAACAACUACGUCUAUUUUAAUGUUUCUAACUCAAAGGUUUAAAGAAGGCGCAGGUUACAGCACCUUAAAUACCACCAGGUCGGCGAUUGCUCUUAUUUCAUUAUACAAUAUUUCGCAAGAUGGACUUAUUGCACGGUUUCUAAAAGAUAUUUAUAAGAAA